GCUUCUUCGUUCGAUUGGGGUUUGGGUUGCGUGUUGGGUUACGUCUGGUCUGGUCAGGUCACGGGCAGGCGCCGGGAGUUCUCGUCGGCGUUGCCCUUAGCCUCGUGCUUGCGAUGGCGGACAUCGACCGGAGCAGGGCGUGAUGAGAGGAGAGAGAGUGCGCGGGGUCGACGAGGUGUUGAUGCGGACGGGCGAGCUCGGCGCAGAAAUCGGGCGGGGAAGGAAUUUGAGAAUUUCGAAUGUGAUGCGCAGGUUUCGUGCUCGGCCCGUGGCGCUGGAUGCCCUUAGUUCGGGCCGAGGUUCUGUGUAAGUGACGGUGCUCAUUUCUCUUCGAGACCGUCGUGCUCGCUCGUGUAGGAAGUGUUUCUUUCUGCCUGUCGAAAGUUCGGAGUCCGCGACGCCAUUUCUCUGAAGGAGCAUUUGCAGAACAAUGCGGAUGGAGUUUGGAAGCUUCGGACUCGGAGAAUGAGCGACUUUUACGGUUUCGCGGAGGAUAUUGGAAUCUUGCGGAUCUCUUCGCUGGUUUGAGGCAGACGGGGAAAUAGGUGCUUCUUCGUGAGGGUUUUGUGAGCUUUUUUCAUGGACAGGAAUCACUCUGGAACUUCACAGGUUUUGGACUGAUUAGUCUACGGUCGAGGGGAGCACGAUGUGAUAUCGGAGUGGUGCCAGGAGCCAAUAGUCAGGCAGUUUUUGUGACCCAUUAGAGCUCUUUGGAGUGGGAGCAGGACUGUUUUUUGGGGUGACUGUGAGAGCCUGUAGAGGGAUGAUGCAAUGAGCGGAUCAGGUGAUGAGUUUGGUCGUGCCGUGGCCAAGAUUGGGGUCUCGCAGUUGUGUGAAGCUAUUGGCUUUCACGCCAUACAGCGCUCGGCCGGUGAAACCUUGGCUGAUAUAGCGAUUCGGUACCUCACUGACCUAGCGAAAGCUGCACACUUUUACGCGAACCUUGCAGGCCGAACGCAAUGCAAUGCUCUCGACGUUAUUAUGGCCAUGGAGGAUGUCGGCACUGGGCCAACAUCUGCCGCUGACAGUAAUCGUCCACUGUCAAGCUCUAAAGCCCUGCAAGAAGUGAUCCGAUAUGUGGAGUACAGCGAAGAGAUCCCUUUUGCACGACCUCUUCCUCAUUUCCCUGUUUCAAAGAAACGAGCAGCUCCUCCAAGUUUUUUACAAUUAGGAGAAACACCCCCGUAUCCCCACAUUCCCCCCUGGUUGCCCGCGUUUCCAGAUCCUCAUACUUACAGGUCUACUCCAGUUUGGGAUGAGAGGAAAAGUGAUCCUCGGCUGGACAAGCUUGAGCUUGCGAGGCAGCGCCGGAAGGCUGAACGAUCUCUUGUGUCAUUGCACUUACGACUUUCUUCUAGUGGAGCUACCACCAAGUCUCCAGUUCCGCCGGACUCGCUCGUUAAUUCCUCUUCUGCCGGUGGAACGACUGUUCCCUUUACUGCGUUGGCAGCUAUCCGGGCGAGUGUGGGGAACUCAUCCUCGAUUCCACUUGGUCGCCCUCCUCCGUCUCCUGCCUUGCCUUCCAGGCAGCAAUGGCCUCCGACUAGUGAGCAGGAAGCAAUUUUGUCGAAGUUAGAAGCAGAGGGCCAGGCAGGCAAAGGCAAGGGCAAGCGAGUGGCAGCUGGUCAAAACCCUUUUUUGGCUUCUCCAUUUCCGCCAGGAGAGAAAGAGGUUUCAACAAUCACUUCUCCUGGCCGAAUAGGUGAUUCCAUGGGGAGACAGGGUGAGGCAGAGGGGAAAGUUUCUUUGCCAUCUGUUCUUGAAACUUUUGCCCCGGCCAUUGAGGCAGCAAAACUUGGAGUAGAUCGUCUGGAUGCUGGCCAGGGUUCUAAUAUAUUGCCGGAGGCCAAAGAUCGCCGACCCGUUCUAUUGAGCUUCGAUUGGGGUAAGAAGGCCCGUGUCAAGGCUCUAGCUGCGCAACUCAGUGUUGGUGCUUUCAAGCAGUCCCCCGCCAAAGAGAAGGUAAAAGUGUCGUCCCAAGGGAAAGACGAGGAAAAGGACGACAAGAGGAAAAGGGCGGAGCAAAUUCUUGCUCAGGCUAUGGAAGCCAUGGAAGGCACGGACGAUGUAACGCAAGCCUGACGCUGUUCAAUUAUGAGUACGCUUGAAACGAAGUUCGUAGAGAUCCUAUCUUGGCGAACUAACCAACGCCAGGCAGCCGAGGCACGUACACACACAAGUACACAACGUUCUACUUGACCUAUGGGACAAAGCAUCUGUCAAAGACCCCAAAUUAUGAUCGGUUUGAUUGAUGCGAAGACGUUGAUUCGAUGACGGGGAUGUGUGAAGAAGACAGUGGCUUCGAAUUUGCAAGCUUGGUAAUGGACCUUCAUAGUUGACGAACUUUGUGGUGCCAUUAGCUUGUCAAGAUUCAAAUUGUUUUCUCGGAACGAGGUUAUGGUUUAUCAUUCGCGUUGUCUGUUGUCUAAUGUCGAAGGGCUGGACGCAAGUGAAAACUUCUUUUCUUCCUUAGAAGCUCAAGAUGUUCAAUCCCAUACACUUGAUUUACCUUUCAUGUCUGAAAUGUCCGGGUACGCUAUACUUACCUCAAUGGGACGAAAGGUACGGCUACCAAGCUGCUUGAAAUGACCAGUCUGCAGAUACCGCAACCUGUAUCUUUUAUCAAUCAAAUAACCAUCCAAAGCAAAACUCACAUCUCCUUUCACUUUUUCUGGGUAAGCGUUCACCCUGAAGCAUAUAUGUUGGUGUGAUGAGCUCCUACCAUACGAUCUGAUGUGUACUGCUAAAGGUUGACUUUAGGUCGGGUUGGUACUGGCGGAACGCCCAACACCAUCUGACCCGAGAUCAUCUCUUCGUCAAGUCUGGUCACUAGAGCCAUGCCCAAUCUCACCAGGUUUGACAACAUGAGUAUAACUGUCAUAGUUUGUGCACUAGAACGAAACCAUGUAGUCUGAACAAUCCAAAGCGCGCCUCGUCUUUCUUACUAAGCACCCAUUCCGGAAGUAAUCUAAUUUUGGACGGAGAAG